AUGCUAAAAGUACUAAUCCCUACUCUUAUACUGUUCCCAACUAUCUGGCUAUCCCCACAGAAGUGACUAUGAACUGCUACCACCGCACACAGCUUAAUCAUUGCGCUUCUGAGCUUUAGCUGAUUAAACUGACCGUCUGAGACAGGCUGGUCGGCCUCUAGCACCUACAUAGCCAUUGAUCCCUUAUCCUCUCCUCUUCUAGUACUAACAUGCUGGCUGCUCCCAUUAAUAAUCCUAGCUAGCCAGAACCACACACAAGCGGAGCCUAUUUCCCGCCAGCGGAUGUACAUUACUUUACUAACCUCCCUUCAAGCUUUCCUUAUCUUAGCCUUUGGAGCUACUGAAGUCAUCAUGUUUUACAUCAUAUUUGAGGCCACACUGGUCCCUACUCUAAUUAUUAUUACCCGCUGAGGAAAUCAAGCGGAGCGACUCAACGCGGGAACAUACUUUUUAUUCUAUACCCUAGCGGGAUCUCUCCCCCUUCUGGUUGCACUGCUAGCACUGCAAGCCUCAACAGGUAGCCUCUCAAUAAUCACAUUGAACUUUAACGAGCUCCCUUCUCUCACUCACCAGGCCGACAAGCUCUGGUGAGCCGCCUGUCUUCUUGCCUUCCUAGUUAAGAUGCCACUUUACGGGGUCCAUCUUUGACUUCCUAAAGCUCAUGUAGAAGCACCCAUCGCAGGCUCCAUGGUACUUGCUGCAGUCCUCUUGAAGCUUGGGGGGUACGGCAUGAUUCGAAUUACACCCAUCCUUGACCCGCUCACAAAAGAAAUGGCCUACCCCUUUAUUGUUCUUGCACUCUGAGGAAUCGUAAUAACAGGCACCAUCUGCUUGCGCCAAACAGACCUGAAAUCACUCAUCGCUUACUCAUCAGUAAGCCACAUAGGACUUGUAGCUGGUGGGAUUCUCACCCAAACUCCUUGAGGCCUAACCGGUGCAAUCAUCCUUAUAAUCGCACACGGACUCACCUCCUCAGCACUUUUCUGUUUAGCCAACACAAGCUACGAACGGACUCAUAGCCGUACAAUAGCCCUUGCCCGGGGCAUGCAAACCCUAUUCCCGCUAACAGCAACCUGGUGAUUCAUCGCUAAUUUAGCCAACCUGGCCCUUCCUCCUCUCCCAAACCUGAUAGGAGAGAUGAUGAUCAUUACCACAAUGUUCAACUGAUCACCAUGAUCUAUUGUUCUGACAGGACUAGGAACCCUGAUUACUGCGGGUUAUUCACUAUACAUGUUCUUGAUGACACAGCGGGGCCAAACGCCUUCCCACAUCACCGCACUUCCCCCUUACCACACUCGGGAACACUUAUUAAUCUCCCUUCAUCUUAUUCCCAUCAUUCUUCUUAUGGUUAAACCAGAACUCAUAUGAGGAUGAUUCUAUU